UCACUAUAGUCACUUUGAUAGAAUUCAGCCUGGCACUGCAUUACAGCAAUAGUCACAACAUUGCAUCGUUGUGCAGUUGUAACGUUGAGCCUAAGACAGGCAAAUACUGCAGUACUGAACUUUGGCUUUAUGCUUCGUCGAAAAGUUCUCGUAAUUAUCACUGAUACCAUUUGUACAAGAUUAUCACAUCCGAGUUCAACUCUUGGCGUCCAGUGCAGACUAUUCAGCAGUUCUCUGAACAAAAUGGUUGCCACUCAAGAAAAUAGUAAAGUUAUCUCAAGAACUUACGAAAACGUUCAAAAAUCCGAGAAUGAUGAUCGUAAGUAUAAAGGACUAAUUUUGAGCAACGGUCUCAAAAUAUUACUCAUUAGCGACCCUAAUACUGACAAAGCAGCUGCAGCAUUGGAUGUUAAUGUAGGAUAUGCUUCAGAUCCAAGUGAUUUACCAGGACUAGCUCAUUUUUGUGAACACAUGUUAUUUCUUGGAACAAAGAAAUAUCCAAAUGAAGAUGAAUACCAUAAGUAUAUAAAUCAACAUGGAGGUUCCUGCAAUGCAUAUACAAGCACUGAUCAUACAAAUUAUUAUUUUGAUGUCGGUCAUGAACAUCUGAAGGGAGCUUUAGACAGGUUUUCUCAGUUUUUUAUUGAUCCACUUUUCGAUGUUUGCUGUUCUGAUCGUGAAGUCAAUGCAGUACAUUCUGAACAUGAGAAAAAUAUAAUGUCGGAUGCAUGGAGAUUACAAAUGUUAGAUAAAACCACUUGUGAUCAGGAUCAUGUCUUCUCCAAAUUUGGAACAGGUAACAAGGAAACGCUUGAUUCUUUACCAAAGCAAAAAGGACUUAAUGUCAGGGACGAACUGUUGAAAUUUCACGAAAAGUUUUACUCUUCGAAUAUAAUGGGUUUGUCGAUGAUCGGGAGGGAAUCUUUGGAUGAAUUAACAGAGAUUGCAAUGGAUUUGUUUUCAAGCGUGGUUAACAAAGAUGUAAAAGUACCAGUUUAUCAAGAGUCACCUUACAGGAAAGAAGACAUGGAAAAACGUUGUAACUCAGUUCCAGUGAAAGAUAUCAGAAAUCUUAUCGUUACUUUUCCGAUUCCUGAUUUACAAGAAUAUUAUGAUUCAAAUCCGGGUUCGUAUCUUGGACACUUGAUUGGCCAUGAAGGACCCGGCAGUUUACUCUCAGAACUUAAGAAUCGAGGAUGGGUGAAUUCACUUGUUGCAGGGCAAAAGGGGGGAUCGAGAGGAUUCGACUUCUUUCUCAUUCAAGUGGAUUUGACAGAAACUGGAAUGGAUCAUGUUGAAGACAUUAUCCAAAUCAUGUUUCAAUAUAUCAAACUGUUAAAAAGUGUCGGUCAUCAGGAUUGGAUUCAUCAUGAAAUAAGAGACAUAAGCGCUAUUAGUUUUAGAUUCAAAGAUAAAGAAAAGCCCUCAAGUUAUGUGUCGAAGGUAUCACAAGCACUUCAUUAUUUUCCUCUUGAUAAAGUAUUAUCUGCUGGGAAUAUAUUGACUGGAAGUAGACCAGAUGUUGUUCAAGAUAUAUUAGAAAGAUUGAAUGCUGAUAACAUGAAGGUUGACGUCGUGGCAAAAGCUUUUGACGGGUCAGCUGAUUUAUCUGAAAAAUGGUAUGGUACAAAGUAUGCUCUUGUUCCUAUUACGAAUGAAACAAAAGAAAAAUGGAAUAAUGUUGAACUCAAUGACAAGCUCAGACUUCCUGAACCCAAUGAAUUCAUUCCGUCUUCUUUGAGUCAAAAAUUGGUUCCAGAAUCAAAUCCAGAAUUGCCAAAGUUGAUAAAGAUGGACAAUUUUUCAAAAGUUUGGUUUAAACAAGAUUCCACGUUCAAUCUACCGAAAGCUACAAUAUCUGUCGAUUUCUAUAGUCCUUAUGCUUAUGUUGAUCCACAUCAUUAUAAUAUGGUUCAUUUGUUUGUUGAUUUGUUUGUUGAUGCCUUGAAUGAAUAUUCUUAUGCGGCAGAAAUCGCUGGACUUGGAUUUAAACUCAGUAACACGGUAUAUGGAAUGUGUUUAACUAUCGAUGGUUACGAAGACAAGCAGAUGGUUCUUCUUGAAAAAAUAUUAACAAGAUUGACAAACUUUGCUAUAGAUCCACAGAGAUUCACUAUUUUAAAAGAAUUGUAUCAACGAGCGCUUCAGAACUUUCAUGCUGAUCAGCCAUACAAUCAUUCUGCUUAUUAUUGUCAAGUGCUUAGGUCUGAGGUGGUUUGGACAAAAACUAAAUUAUAUGAGGCAUUGCCAGAACUUACAUUGGAAAGCGUGUCUGAGUUCAUUCCAACUUUUUUGUCAUAUCUUCAUUUUGAAUCACUAAUGCACGGAAAUCUAACAAAAAAAGAUGCCUCAAAUAUAACAUCUUUCAUUGAGAAAACCCUGAAAGAAAAUACAUUGACACGUCCGCUAUUGCCCUCACAGUUGGUUCGAUAUCGGGAUAUAGAACUUCCACCAAAAUCUGCAUAUGUAUACAAGUACCAUCAUGAAGUUCGAGAUAAUUCAGCGAUCCAGUUAUAUUUACAAGUUGGGUUACAAAAUACGAGAGAUAACUGUCUACUCGACCUCACUUCACAGAUGAUAUCAGAACCCUUUUUCAAUAUUCUGAGAACAAAGGAACAGCUAGGAUAUGUUGUACAUUGCAGUGUAACAAGAAGUAACAGUACUCAAGGCAUUAGGUUCAUCGUACAAUCUGAAAAAUCACCCAAUUAUUUGGAAGCAAGAAUAGAAGCAUUUAUUAAUCAUGUAGAGACUAUGUUCAGUGAAAUGGAUGAAUCGGAAUUUAAUAGACAUAAAGCAGCAUUAAAAGCAAGAAGAUUGGAGAAACCUAAGAAAUUGAAAGCACAAACUUUGAAAUAUUGGGGAGAAAUAUUAUCUCAGCAGUACAUGUUUGAAAGAGAUCAAAUUGAGAUGAGUUAUCUGGAUAAUGUUAAAAAGGAAGACGUGGUAACUUUUUACAAAGAUUUCUUACAUAUUAAUGGAGGGAAAAGGGCCAAACUUUCUACAUAUAUCAUAGGAAAAUCCAAUGUUGAAUGUCCUGUGGUAAUUAAUGUUGAAGAACACAAUAAAGCAAUUGAUGAUUGCUUGCUGAAAUGUCCGCAACUCCCUGCGUCACACAUAAUAGAAGAUGUGUCACGUUUCAAGCAGAAGAUGUCACUGUAUCCCAGAUGUGAACCAUACAUUGAUCUUGCUGGAGCAACCUUAUAAAAUUAUCAUUCUUUUGUUACUUGAUUGUACCAUGAAUCCAUGUUAUGCAUAUGGAAGAUAUUAAAUCUCCACUUAAGUGUCUGCGGCAUAUUGCCCAGGGGAUCAAAGACGAUUUAUAGUUAUAAUUACCUAAUAGAGGGAGGUUAUGUAUUAAUUGGAUAAGCAUAUGUUGACCAAUUUUCAUCACAGAUAGUCCUUCAACCAGAUGCCAUCAAAAUAUUUAGUGUUGUUCGCUUGUAUGUUCUUUAUAUGAAGUCGCUGUGUUUGAUGGGUGGACAACUCUUAAGUGCACUAUAUUUUUAUUUGUGUGUUUAAAACUUGACAUAUUAUGUCAUGGUAAAUUCUGUGCGAGCUCAUUUAUUAUAACAAUGAGAACCUGGACAUGUUUUUGUUGAAAAUUAAAUGUGGAAUAUAUAUACAAAUAAUAGC